CCUGCAGUUGACAUUUCGCGACAAAUUUUGCUGUACCAAAUGUCGAAACCCUCAUUUUCAGUGUAGCUAUGUGUAGUGUGGGGCAGGGGUUUGAGAAGCAAAAUUUCGAGAGGAUGACAAAUCGACACGGCAAACGGUGGCGAUAAGGAUCAGCCUAUUUUUAGAAAGGUGCCCCAGGCAGAUUGAAAAAUAAUGUUGCAGUCCAAAAGCCAUUGCCGAUCAUGGCCACAACAGAUUUGUGCGACGCUUUUGAAGAUCAGGUGAGAGAUGGACGGGUGAGGAUUCUCCCUCCAAUGUUCCAAAUUUAUGGAAGCAGAACAACAUUUAGCGGCAGUAUAGCGACUGUGAAGGUGUUCGAGGACAAUGUGGAGGUGAGGAAAAUGGUGGAGGAGGCAGGGGAUGGCAGAGUGCUGGUUGUGGAUGGCGGCGCCAGUCUUCGCUGCGCUCUGUUUGGCGGCCGCCUUGCUCAACUGGCUCAUAUCAACGGCUGGAGUGGAGUCGUACUUAAUGCCUGCGUCCGUGAUGUCCAUGAAAUUAACUGCUGUGAUAUUGGAGUUAGGGCUUUGGGAGCGCACCCUCUGAGAUCGAGUAAAAAGGGGCAUGGAGAAAUCAAUGUGCCGCUCAUUAUUUCCGGCACUAGAAUUGUUCCUGGAGAAUGGUGUUAUGCUGAUUUUGAUGGGGUUGUUAUCUCUGCUACUCGCCUUUCCAUCUGAUUUUAAAGUUGGGUUUUCUGGUCUUUAAUUGGUUUUUUUUGUUUUUGUUUUUUUUAAUUAUCUGUAUGGAAUUAGAUUAGACUGGUAUUUGUAGUGAAGUCUCUUCCUUUCCUUGUCUGCUGAAAUACGUUGUAAUCAGCCCAUGUUGUAAUAUAUGUUUUGAUCAGAGUCUGAUGUUUUUAUCAGUUCAUGUUGUAAUGUGAGUAGGGUCGGAUGUUAUUUAUCAGUUCAAGCUGUAAUUUAUGAUUUGGGUCUGAUGUUUUUAUCCGUUCAAGGUGUAAUUCAUGAUUUGGGUCUGAUAUUUUUAUCAGGUCAAGGUGUAAUUCAUGAUUUGGGUCUGAUGUUUUAUCAGUUCAAAUUGUAAUUCAUGAUUUACACUUCCUUUUUCUGGUCUUCAAUUGGGUUUUAAUUUUCUUUUAUCUGUAUGGAAUAGGAUUAGACUUUGUUUUUGUAGUGAAAUCUCUUCCUUUCCUUGUCUGCUGAAAUACCUUGGUAAUCAGUCCAUGUUGUAAUAUAUGUUUUUGAUCAGAGUCUGAUGUUUUUAUCAGUUCAAGUUGUUAUUCAUGAGUAGAGUCUGAUGUGUAAUUUAUGUUUUAAAUUUGAUGUUUUUAUCAGUUCAAGGUGUAAUUCAUGAUUUGGGUCUGAUGUUUUGGUCAGUUCAAGGUGUAAUUUAUGAUUUGGGUCUGAUGUUUUAUCAGUUCAAAUUGUAAUUCAUGUUUUACACUUCGUUUUUCUGGUCUUUACUUGGGUUUUACUUUUCUUUUAUCUGUACUGGUGUUUGCAAUGAAAUUUCCUCCUUUCCUUGUCUGCUGAAAUACCUUGCUCUAAUCAGCCCAUGUUGUAAUCUAUGUUUUGAUCAGAGGCUGAUGUUUUUAUGAGUUCAUGUGUAAUUUACGAUUGGGGUUGGAUGUUUUUUAAUUUUUAUGAUCAUCAGUUCAAGCUGUAAUUUAUGUUUUGGAUCUGAUGUUCAAGUUAUAAUUCAUGAGUUGGGUCUGAUGUUUUAUCAGUUCUGAUUCAUGAUUUUGGGUUUUAAGUCUGAUAAUUCAUGAUUUGAUCAAACUGAUGUUUUGAAAAUUUUGGGUUUUAAGUCUGAUAAUUCAUGAUUUGAUCAAACUGAUGUUUUAUCAGUUCAAAUUGUAAUUAAUGUUUUAAGUCUGAUAAUUUGAUCAAACUGAUGUUUUUAUCCGUUCAAA